GAGAAUGAAUGAUAAUAACGAAACAACUGAGGUGUUUUCUGGUACAUCCAGUGUAAAACGGAUCAUUGGUGUGUUUUCAGGUAAAGGUGGAGUUGGGAAGAGCACAACUGUUGCGGUAAUAGCUUUCAAUCUCGCUCAAAGAGGAUUCUCUGUUGGAGUCCUUGAUGCUGACCUGUGUGGACCAAGUCUCUCUAAGAUGAUUGGACUGAAGGGAAACAUCCACUCCUGUGAUCAAGGUUGGGUUCCUUUAACUCAAUCAGUUGGGGCUGGGAGAAUAUCGGCAGUAUCCUUGUCUUAUCUGGUUGAAAACCAGGAUCAGGCGGUGAUUUGGCGCGGUCCCAAGAAGACUGCUAUGAUAAAGCAAUUUUUAGAGGAUGUUUGCUGGGGAUCACUUGACUUCUUGAUUAUUGACACACCGCCAGGUACAUCAGAUGAGCACAUGGCUGUAAUGGAAUGUGUCCCUAACUGUUCCGUCAUCCUCACUACCUCACCUCAGGCAUUAGCCGCAGCAGAUGUGUUGAGACAAGUGAGCUUCUGCAAGACGACCGGAGCUAAUAUACUAGGAAUCAUUGAGACACUGAGUGGGUUUGUGUGCCCGAACUGUUCAGACUGCAGUCUGUUAUUUAACCAGGGUGGAGGUCAGAGACUGGCUGAACACUGCAAGUUAAAGUUCCUUGGCUCAGUGCCAAUAGACCCUAACUUGUCAAUAUAUUUGGAUAGUGGGACUUUGUUGGAGAAUAAGGACACUUGUGUUUCUUAUCAGAGUUAUAGUGAGAUCGUUGAUAAGGUAUUAGAUACUUUGGAAGUUAAUUCAAGUAUUAGGAAUGCUGGAUGAGAGUUACAUAUUACAGGAUUAUAAUUUUCCAUUUGAGAUUAUUCAAUUCUAUACAAGAAACUGUAUUUGAUAACCGGAUAUUAUAGUCGGUAAGAACAGGAAACUAAAAGUGUGCUCAUUUAA